AUGGAACCAAGUACUGUUAUGCUUUUACCUAAAUUAUCUGAAAAUUAUAUUUGCCUAAUGUGUGUGGAUUCAUUUCAUUCAAAGAAUGAGUUUUUCAAUCAUCUCGGCAUUGAACAUGAUUUCUUGGAUUUUUUACAUCAUAAGAAUCAAUCAUUUAUCAGUACACAAUUUGAUUGGAUUCGAUUUGUAAAUUAUGUUCGGAGGAAUAAACCACAUGAUUUACGACAAGCGUUCUAUGAUGGUGAAUGGAAGACAGAUUCAUUAGAACUACUUUAUCCAGUCCUAUCUGACGAUGAAGUUCUGUCUAUUGAUAUUCUUGAUUUUCAAAUGCGAACUACAGCAACACCGGCACCAACGACAAUCUCAAAUAACUCAAAUUCCAAUGGACACGAAGAUGAUAUUACAAUUUUAUCACCUAAUUCACAUAUUGCUAAUUAUUUAUGCUUGAUAUGCUCGUGUAGAUUGGCGUCAACAACGGAAUUUUUUUUACAUCUAACUUUAAAACAUGAUUGUUUAAAUUUUCUGGAUGGAAAGUAUCAUUCAGUGUUCAGUGACCAUUUCAAUUGGAUUCGAUUUGUUAAUUAUGUUCGAAGAAAUGUACCCCAAGAAGGAACCAACUUCCAUGGUGUUGUGGUUUGCCGAAAAAGAGCUUCCCUGACUAUCUCCUCACCUUAUUAA